AUGUCGAGGCACGAUAACAGGGGGCUCGGCGCGGAGCGGUUCGCAGGUGUUCAGUGCGCCGCCAUGGGUUCUGCGCCGCAGGUGCGAGCGGCUGCGGGCGCUUUGCUGUCCGUGACCGUGGUGUGGUUGGCGCUGGGCACGACGUUGGUGGCGCUGCUGCUGGCGCCAGUGGUGCGGGCCGCGCAGUCAGGGGAAGGCGGCGAUGAUUCCGGGGAAACCGACACCCCUUCAGGGGAAGGCGGCGAUAAUCCUGGUUCGCCUGAUGACGAUUGCUGUUGGCUGGAUCGGGAAAUCUGUAACGAACCCUGCCGCAUCUUCCCUAAUAAUAUCUGUGACUGUUGCGCCCCCUCACACGGAGUAAACAAACCACCACACUGGUGCCACAGAGGACCGCCGGACAAUGCCUUCUACCUGGUCGCGCAGAUA